UCGAGAUUUUCUUUCAAUAACUAUCCAAAAGAAACGGUGUCAAUAUGUUUGAAAAUGUACAGCAGGGUCCGGUAGACCCCAUGUUCGUCUUGAAGCGAGAUGCCGACAACGAUGUGUCCCCAGACAAGGUGGAUCUCGGUGUUGGAAUUUAUCGCAACACGGAGGGAAAGUAUUAUGAAAUGGGAGUCCUUCGAGAGGCCAAAAGGAUUCUGGAGCAAAACAAUCCUGGACAUGAUUAUGAAUCCACCACAGGGAAUCCAGCGUUUUUGAAAGAUGCAGCAGCUGCCAUGUUUGGCGAGGGAUGCGAAGCGCUGAAUGACGGACGCGUCACAUCCGUCCAAACCAUUUCAGGCACAGGAGCCAACCACCUGGCCGCUCUAUUUCUCGCGCGAUGCGCCAGUUCCAAGCAGAACACGGUGUACGUGGGAACACCGACGUGGGGAAACUACGAGCCCCUCUGCUCUCUGGUGGGUUUGCAAGUAGUCAAGUACCGAUACUACGAUCCCGAGACCGCCACGGUAGACUUCAGCACCCUACUCAAUACAGUCUCCAGCGCCCCCCCAAACAGCAUAUUCAUCCUCCAAGGAUGCUGCCACAAUCCCACCGGAGCAGACUUAACACCGUCACAGUGGGAUAUGCUCGCAGGGGCAAUGAAGCAAGCCAGCAUCUUCCCAUUCCUGGACAUCGCGUAUCAGGGUCUGGGCGGGUCAAUGAAUGAAGACGCCUACCCGAUCAGGCUAUUUACGGAGAUGGGGUCUGAAAUGGUUGUUUGUCAGUCGUUUUCUAAGAACUUGGGAUUGUAUGGUGAGCGAUGUGGAGUGCUUCAUGUCGUCAGCGCGGAUGCUGGGGUUGCUUCGCAUGUUUAUGAUCAGCUUCGCUGUUUGAUUCGGUGGGAAUUUUCUUCGUCGCCGGCUUAUGGGUCGCGUUUGGCGAGUAUUGUUAUGGGCUCGAAUCUGAAGGGGCAAUGGUCCGAAGAGCUAGUAGCCAUGCGAUCUCGGCUGCUCGACAAUCGACAAAAGCUUCACCAGGCUUUGCAGAAUACAUCUGGAAACUGGGGCGUAAUCUUGACAACAGAAGGUCUUUUCGCCUGCUUACCUCUGAGCCCACUACAGUGCCAGAAUCUGCGCACAAUACACCACGUAUACUUGCCGGAUAAUGGUCGUAUCAAUAUCUCUGGGCUAAACUCAUCCAAUGUCGACCGGGUGGCCUCUGCGAUUGAUUCUGUGGUGCGGGAUACGAAGUAACAUGAUACAUGUGAUUGUCUAUUCAUAUAUCUAUGCAAUUGUUAACUUGAAAAGCUGAUGAAUGAAUAACUCAAUUAGGAGUCUUCUCAUCUUUCAAUAUGUAGACGCCAUUGAUGUUACUGCCUGAGGUGUCUUUGUAUGUCCUUCUGCACCAUUAGCCAAUCACCGCUCGCAC